GAUGACGAAGACGAAUUUGCUGAAGAAUUCUUCUCUCUUCUAUUAGUCUUCUAUAUGAUAAAAGAAGACUGGACAGAGUCGUCACAGAGCCGUGUUUGCGCCGACGAAGAAUCGCCGAGUAGCAACAUGCGCGCUCUUAUGUCCAUUUAUCAGGAACUGGAAGACGGCGAUAUCGGCAAUGCACUUCAUUCGAUUAGAUUUACUCAGUUCGUCGAUCCUCUACAAGAUCUGUUGGAGGGUUUGCAAAAACGUCUGAUGCUUACGGUAUUGAGAAUGGUUGAACAUACUUAUGUCAACAUUUCAACAGCCGAGCUCGCUGAGUUACUUGAUAUUGAGGAAGAGAGUGAGCUCCAGGAGGUUAGUCUAACGCAACUUUAA